AAAAGGAUUAGACCGUAAUUAAGCCGGAAAGGAAAGAAGAGGUAUUCAUGGCUGUUUUCUACACUUGGCAACAAUAAUUCAAUGUAUUCCACGACUCACCCUCUGAAUCCAUUCAUCAACUUCAAAACGGAUAAGACCGAACCUCAGUCGCCUCCGUCAAUAAAUUUGCAUGCAACCAACAUAAACAAACCACAACACACUCUCUUCACUUUCCAUAUCUUCUCUCACUCAAGAAAUUUCCCCCUCUUCCCCGGCAGAGCGACAUAGAGAGAGAAAGUGAUUGUAGUCAUGGAAGUUGAAACCGCGAAAUCCCCGUCGCAGAAGGCAGCAGCCCCGCUGCUGAAAAUCAUAUUAGUAGCCUCAAUUGCCGCAGGAGUCCAGUUCGGGUGGGCCCUACAGCUCUCCCUCCUCACGCCCUACAUCCAGCUCCUCGGCGUCCCCCACACCUGGUCCGCCUUCGUCUGGCUCUGUGGGCCCAUCUCCGGGAUGAUCGUCCAGCCUAUCGUCGGCUACCACAGCGACCGCUGCACCUCCCGCUUCGGCCGCCGCCGCCCCUUCAUCGCCGCUGGCUCUGGCCUCGUCGCCGUCUCCGUCUUCCUCAUCGGCUACGCCGCCGACAUCGGCCACCUCAGCGGUGACUCCCUCGAGAAGUCGACCAAGCCCCGAGCCGUCGCCGUCUUCGUCGUCGGGUUCUGGAUCCUCGACGUCGCCAACAACAUGCUGCAGGGCCCGUGCCGUGCUCUCCUCGCAGACAUCUCCGGUGACGACCCGAAGAGAAUGCGGACCUCCAACUCCCUGUUUGCGUUCUUCAUGGCGGUCGGCAACGUCUUGGGGUACGCGGCCGGGGCCUACUCCCACCUCCACAAGAUGUUCCCCUUCACCAUAACCAAAGCAUGCGACGUCUACUGCGCCAACCUCAAGAGCUGCUUCUUCCUUUCCAUCACUCUCCUCCUCGUCCUCACCAUCGUGGCCUUGACGUCGGUGAAGGAAACGACGCCGAAUGACGGCGUCGUCGCGGAGGGGGAGAUCGAGCCCCAGUCAACGACAGCUAAGUCCGUGCCGUUUUUCGGUCAAAUGAUUGCGGCGUUCAGGGAGCUGCGGAGGCCAAUGCUGGUGUUGCUUCUGGUGACGUGUCUCAAUUGGGUUGCAUGGUUCCCGUUCUUGCUAUUCGACACUGAUUGGAUGGGGCGGGAGGUGUACGGAGGCCAAGUUGGGAAGGGGCGGUUGUACGAUUUGGGGGUGAGGGCUGGUGCCCUUGGGCUGAUGCUAAACGCCGUCGUUUUGGGGUUCAUGUCGCUUGCCAUUGAGCCUCUGGGCCGGUGGGUUGGUGGGGUCAAGCGAUUGUGGGGCAUUGUCAACUUCCUGCUGGCUAUCUGUUUGGCAAUGACUGUUUUGAUCACUAAAUUGGCCCAAUCGAGUCGGCACGCUGCUAUCGCUGCGGGGCAUGGCGGAGCUGAGCCCCCGCCGCCAACUGCUGGUGUCAAGGCCGGUGCACUGACGCUGUUUGCGGUGCUGGGUAUUCCUCAGGCGGUGACCUUCAGUAUUCCCUUCGCUCUGGCAUCCAUAUUUUCUAGCACUUCUGGUGCAGGCCAAGGGCUUUCUUUGGGAGUCUUAAACCUUGCAAUUGUCAUACCACAGAUGUUCGUGUCAGUAACAAGUGGACCUUGGGAUGAUUUGUUCGGAGGCGGGAAUUUACCAGCUUUUAUUGCGGGAGCCGUAGCGGCUGUAGCAAGUGGAGUAUUGGCUCUCUUUAUGCUUCCAUCUCCGCCGGCUGAUCUGCCGUCUAAUAAAAAUGCAAGACCUAUAGCUGCUGGGUUUCAUUGAUUUUCUUUGGCCCAGCUAGCUAGCUAGUUAUAUAAUGUGGAGUUGAUCAACUCUUUUUUUGUUUGUUUUUUUUUUUUUUUUUUUCCCUUAACCUUAACAGGUUUUGUAUAAUAGGAAUCGAAUGAUGUUUAACUAUAUUGCCAGCCUUUAAUGGCAUAGCAAUUACUGUAUCCAUGCGUAAGCAUCAUAUAUAGUUGCAGUUCGUUCUUCGUUCUUCUUC